AUGGCAGCCCCCAUGAAGAAAGCUGGGAACCCAUUAUUAUUGAAAUUCUCUACCAUUUUGAUGAUAUCUGCAUACUUAUGCACCAUGAAUGAACCCACAUCAGACAGCCCCACGUCAACAAUGGCUAUUUCAUUUUUCUCAAAUCAUAUACCCAACUUCAGCUUUGCACUACGUCGGAACCUACCCACCAGUAAUGACUCAGUAUCGGCAAGAAGACAACAACAUUGCCUUUGCAUAUUACUACUUUUACUCUCAGGAGACAUACAAACCAACCCAGGCCCAGGAAAUGCUUCCAUUUGUCCAUGCGGUGUUUGUGAUAUCCCAGUUACCUGGUCUCAAGCUGGAGUCUGCUGCGACAAUUGUGGAUUAUGGUUCCAUAAGACCUGCGAGGAGAUCUCAUCAAGGAACAUGUCACGGCUCAACUGCUCGAAUGUAGUCUGGCACUGUUGCAGAUGCAACAGCAUCAACAUUGACAGUUUCACUUUCAACAGUUUUGAACUACACACAUCGAACAUCUUUACACCCCUAUUUGAUACAGAUACCACACUGGACUCGGUUUCGUCCUCUUGUUUUAGCCCUUUACAUGCAAGUAGCCCUCAUACCUUCACAACCAGACGUAGACACCGACCGUCAUCCACUGAUAGUACACAUACUAACUACACCCCUAGCACUUCUACAACCAGCAUGGAACACGGGUUCCCAAGAAAUCAAAGCAACCUGAGAUUACUCACUGUGAAUUGCUGCAGCAUACGCACAAAUCGUUCAGAAUUUGCCGCUGCUUUGGACUACAUAAAGCCUGACCUCAUUUGUGGCACAGAGUCAUGGCUGAAGGGAGUCAAACCAGGGAAAGACCCAGACAAAAAUGCCAUCAAAUCCAGUGAAGUAUUCCCUCCAGAACUCACAGUACACAGAAAUGACAGAACCACAGGUAGUGGAGGAGGCGUAUUCACUGCAGCCAAGAACAAGCUCAUCUGUGAUGCCCAACCACAACUCACAACAGACUGUGAAAUUGUUUGGUCUAAGGUUAAAACCUGGAGAAGUAAAGACCUCUAUCUCUGCUCAUUCUACAUGCCACAUCGAUGCAAGAAUGCCAUCCGUCAGCUAGACGAAUCCAUCCGCCAAUUGUCCAACUCGGCAAGAGAAAAGCACAUAUUACUCGCUGGUGACUUCAACUGCCCAGACAUUGAUUGGCCUAACCUAACUGUAAACAAGGGUGCUGCUGAUCGAGAUGUUCAACAAGCUCUCAUCGAUCUGUCCAUAGAACACCGUCUGACCCAGAUACACAACCAGUCGACAAGAGACAAUAACAUGCUUGACUUAGUAUUCACCAACAACCCCACCACUGUAAAGACAUCAACUUCAGUCCCCGGAAUCAGCGACCAUGCUAUGGUUGUAACAGACAUCACCAUAAUACCACAGGUCAUCAAACAGAAACCACGCAAGAUCUACAUCUACUCCAAAGCAAACUGGGACAACAUCAAACAGGACUUAAAGACUUUAUCCGAAACAGUCAUCAGUGAAGCCACUAACCAAGAUUCAACCAUUCAGACACUUUGGGACUCCUUCAAAUCUGGCAUUGAAAAAACCAUGAAAGCAAAUAUACCAUCAAGGAUUAGCAAGAAACGUAAAUCACUACCAUGGCUCAGUAGAGACUUGAGGAAGAUGACCAGACGUAAGUCCAGAUUAUACAAACACGCCAAAAAGACAAACCAGUGGGGCGCCUUCAAGUCAUUCCAGAAAGAGUGCAAGAAAGCAUUCAAGAAAGCUGAGAUCAACCACAUCAACUCCACUAUUCAGAAGGGCCUUGACGAACAGAACACCAAGCCAUUCUGGAGAUAUGUGAAAUCUCGAAGACAAGACAGUGUUGGUGUGGCUCCUCUCAAGAAGAUGGGACGACUACUGAACAACAGUAAAGACAAGGCCCAGAUCCUGGUUGACCAGUUCAGGUCAGUUUUUACCAAAGACAACGGUGACACACAGCUGCCGAAUACCACCAAGAGAAGCCGGACUAGCAUCCCCCCACUCCGCAUUACAACAAAAGGCGUUGAGAAACUUCUAUUGGCUAUCAACACAGCGAAGACACAAGGACCCGACAUGAUCCCUAACAUAAUACUGAAGACUUGUGCCCAUGAACUAGCACCUGCACUCACCACCAUCUUCCAACUUUCUGUUGACACUGGAAGCCUCCCUGCUGACUGGAGAAAUGCCAAUGUAUCACCAGUGUUCAAGAAAGGCGACGUCCAUCUAGCCGAAAACUACAGACCUGUUUCACUCACCUGCGUAACCUGUAAGCUUCUCGAACACAUUAUUUGCAAACACAUCUUGGCACAUCUAGAAAACAAUCAUAUUCUUACAUCAUUGAACCACGGAUUCCGAUCAGGCUACUCAUGCGAGACACAACUGGUGACAACAGUCCAUGACCUACUCUCCAAGACAGACAAGGGCAAUACUUGA